UGUCAAAAGUACACGUUUCUUAUAAAACAUAAAUAAAUAAAUUUCAAAAUUGCUGCUUUAUCUUAGUUAUAAUUAUAAAAUAUGGUUAAACUCAGAAAACAAAGGAAACGGAAGAGAUAUAUGCACAAUGUUAAUAGAAAGCGACUAAGGAAUAAGUUGUUUAAAGAAGAGAAUAUAGGAUGUAAGGAAGUAAAACUAUCAUGGGAAUCUAAAAAAUCCAUACAAACAAAUCUUAAAGAAAUGGGACUGUCCUAUGAUCCAAACAAAACAAUUAAAAUUCCAAAAACCAAGAAACAAAUAAAAAGUGUUUUAUCUACAGAAGAUAACUCGACAACGGAAGACGUAGAAGAGGCAUUACCAGCACCUAAGUCGCAUGUAGUUGAAACAUUAGAAGAAGACGCUAAAGCACCAAGAGAAAGGAAAUUCAGGUUACCGAAAAAUCAAGUAGAGUGGCUGUCUUAUUUAUUAGAAAAAUAUGGAAAUGACUAUAAAGCUAUGGAGAAAGAUAAAAAGAACUACAACCAAGAAACGUGGAAGCAGUUAAGAAGGAAAAUUAAAAGGUUUAUGAGUAUUCCAGAGCAAUUUAAUGAGUUUUUAAAAAAUUGUAAAGUUCCACCACAACUUGAUACUAAUUUAUCGGAUGAUGAGUUAUAGAAUUGUAGAUUGUAAUAAUAAAGUUUGUUAGUACUUU